AUGUUUGUGACUCGCAAGAACUCACAGAAAGUGGUGGCGACAGCGGAUCUCGUGGAUGAACUUCACUGGCUUCGUACAACUCAGCGAUCAGCAAAUGUGACAACAAGUGGAAACAGUUGUGCUGAUCUACAUGCGCAAAUGGGUCACGCUCCACUCGACGUACUUCGCAAGAUGAUCACGACCAACGUGAUCAAGGAUAUUAUAGUUCCUCUUAAGUCGAAUGGAGCAACUGCAUGUCGAGGGUGCCAACAAGGGAAAAUGGUCCAAAAACCAUUCCCAAGCAAACGCGACAAGCGCAGCUACGAUACGUUUGAGCUACUUCAUCUGGACAUCUGCGGGCCCAUGGAAAACGAUUCGCUCGGUGCCAGCAGAUAUUUGCUACUGAUCGUAGACGAAGCCAGUGGAUGUAUGAAGGGCUUGUCUUUUCAAGUGAAGUCCGAGAGUGAAGACUACAUCCGUAAGUACAUCACUAUGGUACAAACGCAGUUCAGUAAGAAGGUCAAGUUUGUGCGACACGACGGAGCUUGCGAGCUCGCAACCAACUCAAUUCGUAUUUUCAUCGAAGACGAAGGCAUUGAACAGCAGACAACAGUUUCAUGUACACGUCAAACCGACGGAACAGCAGAGCGUGCCAUUAGGACUAUCGUCACGAUCGGCGGCAGCAUGCUUCAUCAUGCCAAUGUGGCAAAGUCACUACUUAAAUUUUGUACGAGGAUCGGUGACCACACCUUUAAAGCGCCGCUUACUGGUGGAAAAGGAGGCCAUGAGACUCGGCGAUCCAAUACGGAGGUGGAAGAUGAUCUUAACGGGAUCGGCGAACCGACCCAACUGUCGUUAGACUGA